CAGGGAGGAGAUCACCAGGCUGCUGGAGAACAAGUUUGACUACAUCUUCACUGGUGCGUCCUGUGGGGAGGCACAACUGUGCUUUGGUUCCACCUUCAAGGCAAGGGGACACAAAAGGACACGGUCAAACUCAGCUUACACUGCAACCCCUGCCCACAGGCAGCCCCUCAGUGGGCAGGAUUGCGAUGACGGCUGCUGCCAAGCACCUGACACCGGUGAUGCUGGAGCUGGGGGGCAAGAACCCCUGCUACAUAUCCGACACCUGUGAUGUGCAGAACGUGGCCCUGUGGGUGGUCUGGGGACAUUUCAUCAACACGGGGCAGACCUGCAUUGCACCCGACUACGUCCUGUGCAGCGUGGAGAUGCAGGAGAAGUUGAUGCCUGCUCUGCAUGAGGCCACCACAGAGUUCUAUGGCUCUGAGCUCCACAAUUCCCCUGACUUUGCCUGCACCGUGAGGGACAAACAGUUCAAGUGCGUGCAGGCACUGCUGAGCAGCGGGCGUGUGGCCAUCAGGGGAGAGGCAGAUGAGAAGGAAUGCUACAUUCGUGAGAGCACAGCAAGCAUGGGGUGGGUGCCUUGCUGGAUCCGGUGCGGGAUGACCUGUCUGUGCUCCUGUAGUCCCUACAGUGCCGGUGGACGUCCAAGAGGAUGACCCAGUGAUGUGGAGGGAGAUCUUUGGCCCUGUGUUGUCCAUCUUGAUGGUGACCAGCGAGGAGGAUGCCACCACCUUCAUCAAUGCCUGAGAAUGGCUGCUGACAGACACUCUAUGUCUUCUCCUCCAGCACGAAGGUGGGCAGCUACCUCCACGUCUCAGCGCCCACAGGGACAAUGUGGGGUGACUGCUGGCUGCUCACAGCUCACAUUCCCUGACCCAAGGUGGGGGACGACCAAGGGCAAUGAUGUUAUCACGCACAUGAUGCUGACUUCACUGCCUUUUGGUGGCAUCAGUAUGUCCAUCUGUCUUUCCAUCUGCCUCUCUGUCCAUCUGUCCAUCUGUCCACCCACCUGUCUAUCUGCCGGACCAUCCAUCCA